AUGUGUUUGUUGUCGUACGGAUCGAAGCUGGCAAAAGAGGUCCGUCUGGUGGUACGAAUCAGCGGUGAUAAUGUAUCGCUGAAGGGUCUGCGCCGGGCCCUAUAUAAUUUCUUGUUCGCUCGUGCGAACAACGGCAAAUUCAUCCUACAACUUGCGCUAAACAGACAUGGCAGGCAACCUCGUGCCAAGAAAAUUGAAGCCCUCCUGGAUCGCAGUAAAUGCGCUCUGAGACCACGGAGUGAAUCGAAAAUUAUGGCGAGGGACGGGGUGCCGCAUACUGUUCGGCUAAAGAUUGCUGCGGGUACAUUUCAGUAUCGAGAUAUUCUGGAAGGUAUGUUACCGAGGCCCGUACCGGCCAUGGAUCAAGUGCUGCUCAGGCCCAAUUCUAUGCCUACAUCAUUUUUUGCGAACAUUGUUGAUAAUCAUACGCUCUGUGCAAGCCAUUACGUUGCUUCCACAUCACGCGAUUUUCUUCAACUUCCGGUCUAUGAGGCCCUGCAAUGGCCAACGCCAGUUUUUAUAAGUAUCGGAAAUCUGAUACUCCGAAAUGGCCCGCGUUUUUCGCUGCCCAAUAACUCACGAAGUUAUGCCCGAGCCUACAGCUCUGUCCCGGAACUCUCAGUCCUAAAUUUCUUACUGUCUGGCCGGGGCUUGAAAAAAUUCGAUAACGCAUCGAGCCGCGUGUACAAUAUUGAUGAAAUGAUAGCAAAUUUUGAUAUCAGUACAAUCACAAGCAAAAAUUUGCUCCUGAAUACGUAUAAGCUGAUGAAACCUGAAAAACAGGAACUUGCCCAGGAAGAGCAACGGGUGAUUGAUGAGCAACAACUACUGCAAAUGUUUGAUAUGAUGGAUGAUAAUUUGUUGAGCGAUAUUACCCCCCUAUCAGAUUCAUUUCCCAAAGGAUCAUAA